AUGCAAAUUUUCGUUAAAACUCUUACCGGAAAAACGAUCACUCUUGAAGUCGAGUCGUCAGAUACAAUUGACCAAGUUAAGCAGAAGAUUCAGGAUAAAGAAGGAAUCCCCCCAGACCAGCAACGUUUGAUUUUUGCUGGUAAACAAUUAGAAGACGGUCGCACUUUAUCAGAUUACAACAUCCAAAAGGAAUCCACACUUCACUUAGUUCUUCGACUUCGUGGUGGUAUGCAGAUUUUUGUAAAAACACUCACUGGUAAAACUAUUACCCUUGAGGUUGAAUCAUCCGACACCAUCGACCAAGUGAAACAGAAAAUUCAAGAUAAAGAAGGAAUUCCCCCGGAUCAGCAGCGUUUAAUCUUCGCCGGAAAACAAUUAGAAGAUGGCCGUACUCUCUCGGAUUAUAAUAUUCAAAAAGAAUCUACUUUACAUUUAGUUCUCCGUCUUCGUGGUG